GCGGAAAAUCUGCUGUGUCAACUACAGGAGAACUUUCAAGCUCUGACUGAAAAUAUAACGCUGAGGAUGGAAGAAAUGGGCGAGCGCAUUGAUGACCUUGAGAAGCAUGUUGCUGACCUGAUGACAGAGGCUGGGAUAGAAAACACCAAUAAAGAGUUCGGAAACUGA